GGUGGAGUUUGGCGUGGAAAGCCAAGUGGAUGAAGGAAGUGGAGAUCUCCACCCUCCAGCCUCCCCCCUUGACACUUGUGCGAAAUAUUAGCAGUCUUGAUAUAUUCGGGCCAAGUCGCAGCACAAAGUCACACCUACCGCCAAAGACUCAACACUCACCAAUCCCCAGUUCGGUGCCGGCCGGUCCAACUGCCCCCUCCAAACAACAACAAAAGCAUUUCGUUUUUUUUUGUUUUGUUUUAUUUUGUUUUGGGGUUUUUUUUGCCUGUAGCCGGCCUCCAAACGUGACGCCUGUUGCGCGCCCACCGCAGCCGCCGACGGGUCACCUUUGCCGGGCUGCGGAAGGGCUGCAAAUCGGUCCGGUUCGCCGGUCGACCGGACUCGGAAUCGGGACCAUGCGCUGCCGUGCGUGCUGAGCGCGGAUUCAUUGUGGAAGUUUGGUUCGGGGGCGACUGAAAGAAACAAGAGCAAGAUAAAGUCAAGUAUUUUUAUUACAUAUAUAUAUAUUUUUGAAGGGACGUUUUCCAGGCUGAACUUUUCAUCAUUUGAGCAUCUACGAUGAGUAAACCUGCCGGCUCAACAAGUGGCUGUUUGGAUAUUCUCAGUGUCAAGUCAAGUCGCAUUUUAGACAUUCCGUGCAAAGUGUGCGGGGACCGCAGCUCCGGCAAGCACUACGGGGUCUACGCCUGCGACGGCUGUUCGGGCUUCUUUAAGAGGAGCAUUCGCCGAAACAGAACCUACGUAUGCAAGUCUGGCUCUCAGGGUGGGUGUCCUGUGGACAAAACUCACAGGAACCAAUGCAGAGCUUGCCGCUUGAAAAAGUGCCUGGAAGUCAACAUGAAUAAAGACGCUGUCCAACACGAGCGGGGACCCCGGACGUCCACCAUCCGAAAACAAGUGGCCUUAUACUUCCGAGGUCACAAAGAGGUCAACGGGUCGACGGCGCAUUUCCCGGGCUCCUCUCUACCAGGCCCCCCCUUCUUCACCACCGUCACACAACUGGAGCCGCACAGUUUGGAUAUGAGUACGGUGGCCAGCACACCAGAGAGGCAGGCCAUCGUGGGCCUGGCGCAGCCCACCCCAAAGUACCCCCACGAAGUCAGUGCCACCCCCAUGUACCUAUACGAGGUGGCCACCGAGUCCGUGUGCGAGUCGGCAGCCCGCCUGCUCUUCAUGAGCAUCAAGUGGGCCAAAAGUGUGCCCGCCUUCUCCACGCUCCCCUUAUCUGACCAGUUGAUUCUGUUGGAGGACGCAUGGAGGGAAUUGUUUGUCUUGGGAAUCGCGCAGUGGGCUAUCCCAGUGGACUCGACGACUCUACUUGCUGUUUCUGGGAUGAACAGCGAAAAUACGGAAUCCCAGCGGAUGAACAAGAUCAUGUCCGAGAUCCAAGCGCUUCAAGAGGUGGUCACUAGGUUUCGGCAGAUGCGGCUGGACGCUACGGAGUUCGCGUGCUUGAAAUGUAUCGUGACGUUCAAAGCCGUUCCGACGCAGGGGGGCGCAGAGUUGAGAAAUUUCCGCAACGCCAGUGCCAUUGCCGCACUACAGGAUGAGGCACAGCUCACGCUCAACAGCUACAUUCACACUAGGUACCCGACUCAACCGUGCCGUUUCGGCAAGCUGCUUCUGCUCCUGCCGUCCCUGCGCUCCGUCGGCCCAUCCACCAUCGAGGAGGUGUUCUUCAAAAAGACCAUCGGGAACGUGCCCAUCACCAGGCUCCUCUCUGACAUGUACAAAUCCAGUGACAUAUGA